AUGUCGGGCCGCUUAGGGAUCUCCGCGCAACUCCUGGAACCGCGCGGAUCAACCUCGGCGCACAAGCACGCGUCGCAGGCGAUCGGCGUCACCGGCUCCCCGGGUUUCGCGGUGCCGGCGGGCGCGAGAACCGGGAAAGCCCGCGCGUUGGUGGUAGUGUCCGCGGCGUUCGCGAAAAAGGUAAAGGUCGGGGCGGGGAGGCUCAAAUGGUCCCCGAUGCGGCGAGACGGCGAGAACGUGCAACCUAAGAGCGUUUCGCAGAGGCGGUGGGAGGUGCUUAUGUCGGAGCUGCUUGCAGCGGGGAAGCGGCGGAGGGUCGGCGCGGCGGCGGACGGGCGCCUGGUGGCGGAGAUCAUGGCGGACGCGCGCGCGGCGGGGUGGGUGCAGCGGACGGAUGUGGUGGGGGCGUUGGUGCGCCUGCAUCAGCUGCGCAUGUGGCACGCGGUCGUUGAGCUGUUCGACUGGCUGCAGGCCCCCGAGCAGCGCGCGUCGGGGUGGUGGCGCAUGUCGGAGCGCGACUACGCCAUGCUCAUCACCGCCGCCGCGCGCUGCCACCAACUCCCGCGCGCGGAGCAGGCGCUGCGCGACCUGAUGAACGAGCCCGCGGAGGCGGAGGUCACGGAUGGGGGCGCGGGGAAGAACGGGGCGGCGGAAGGGAAGAGCGCGGGGAGGCGCAUGGAGCCGAACACGGUGGUGAUGACGGGGAUGGUGGAGGCAUACGCGCGCAACGGGCAGCUGGAGCAGGCGGAAGCCGUGGUGCGGCGCAUGGAGAGCAAGGGCCCCGCGCCCUCCGCGCUCACGUUCCAGUGCCUGCUCAAGGGCUACGCCUCGGCGGGCCGUGUGGAGGACGUGGAGCGCAUUUUCGAGGAGCUGCUGCUGCGCAGCGGACAGGGGCCUGUGGAGGAACGGGCGGAGGGGGAGGCGGAAGAGACAGAGGGGGAGAAGUUGGACGUGGGGCAUGUGGGGAAGGAAGCAUCAGCAGCGGCAGCAGCAGCAGGAGCAGGGGAGAGAGCAGCAGCAGCAGCACCAGGAGCAGCAGCAGCGGAGGCGGGGGCAGUGCGGGUGGACGAGCGCAUGUUCAACGUGGUGAUAGACUGCUACGCGCGCGCGCGGCGGGCGGAGGACGCGUCGCGCGCGUACCGGCGCAUGAAGGCGCUGGACGUGGCGCCGUCGCCCGCCACGUUCAACACGCUCAUGGCCAUGUUCGCCCGCGAGGCGCGCAGCCGCGAGGCCGAGGCUGUGCUCAAACAGAUGCAAGCGGCGGGCAUGCGGCCGGACGUGGUGACGUACACGGCGCUGAUGAGUGCGUACGGGCGUGCGGGCCGGGCGGAGGAGGCGCAGGCUGUGUUCCGCGACAUGGUCAUGUGCCGCAUCCGCCCCACAGGCAUCUCGUACACGGCGCUGAUAGACGCAUACGGGCGCGCAGGCGACGUGGACAACGCCGAGUUCCUCUUCAAGGAGAUGAAACGCAACCGCAACCUGCCAUCAGAGGCGGCGGCUCACUCGUGUGCAGGCAGCAUGGAGCGCGCAGAGCAGCUGCUGCGCCAAAUGUGGUGGGACGCCCACCUCCCCGCCUGUCUGUCUUCCCCCUGUCUCUUCUUCACUCCUCUCCCCGCCUCCUUCCCGCUUUCUCUCUCCCCCGGUAAUUGCUCCUCCCCUCUCCCUACCAGCAACCUGCCAUCAGAGGCGACGUUCAACGCGCUGCUGGCGGCUCACUCGCGAGCGGGCAGCAUGGAGCGUGCAGAGCAGCUGCUGCGCCAGAUGUGGUGGGACGCGCAGGACCGCGGCGAGGCACCCUUCCCAGGAACAGCAGCAGCAGCAGCAGCGGCAGGAGCAGCAGGAGGAGGAGGGGGAAGCAUGGAGGAAGGGCAAGGGAACACGCUACUUGCAAAGGAGUCCUGGUCUGGAGGAGAAGGUGCCGCGGACACGGGGGCGGGGACACGGGGGAAGACAGGGGGCCGGUGGGGGGUGGAGUUUGGCGAUGGGGGGCGCGUGAAUCCGAGCGCGAGCACGUUCAACAUCAUGAUGAACGGGUACCGGCGCGAAGGGGACCUGAGCAAGGUGGUGAGCACGUUUGAACGAAUGCUGGAGGCCGGGAUUGACCCGACUGUCGUGUCGUACUCUGUGCUGAUUUCGGCGCACGGGGACUGCGGGGAUUUCGACGGGGCGGUUGCUGCGUUCAGGGAGAUGGUGGAGGAGGCGGGUAUGCGGCCGGAUAAGGGCGUGAGAACCGCGCUGCUGCACGCGUGUGAGGUGGGAGAUGGGGAGGAGGAAGGGGGGGAGGGGGAUGAGGAUGGGGAGGGAGGGUGGGAGAGUGUGGUGAGGGCGAGGAAGGAGGAGGUGCAGCGGCUGCUGGCGCCGUAUUUCGCGGCGGAGAGCUGGGGGGAGGAGGGUUUGGAGGCAGAGGAGGAUGAUGAGUGGAUGGCUUAG